AAGCAACACUCGCCAGUUGGGCUCGGGCUGACGGGGAAAGGUGCGCGUAUAGUCGUGUGCCAGUGCACGACGCUGAAAUUCCAUUCACGAACGAACAAAAAUAACGAAUCCUUGAGCAACAGUGCAUUCUCAAAAUGAUAGCUAUGGACGGGUAUAAUAACAUUGACCAUUAUGGUGACGGAUACAUGGAACAGGAGGAAGAAUGGGAACGAGAAGGACUUCUCGAUCCGGCUUGGGAAAAACAACAAAAAAAGACGUUUACCGCAUGGUGCAACAGUCAUUUACGAAAAGCUGGUACCGGCAUCGAAAACAUAGACGAAGACUUCCGAAAUGGCCUUAAACUUAUGCUACUGCUGGAAGUUAUAUCUGGGGAAACGUUACCCAAACCUGAUCGGGGAAAGAUGCGUUUUCACAAGAUCGCCAACGUAAACAAGGCCCUGGACUUCAUCGCUAGCAAGGGUGUGAAACUUGUUUCUAUAGGAGCGGAAGAAAUUGUCGAUGGAAAUCUGAAAAUGACAUUGGGUAUGAUCUGGACAAUUAUCUUGCGUUUCGCCAUCCAGGACAUUUCCGUAGAAGAAAUGACAGCAAAGGAGGGCUUGUUGCUAUGGUGCCAACGUAAAACGGCUCCUUACAAGAAUGUCAACGUUCAAAACUUCCAUCUUUCGUUCAAGGACGGUUUGGCCUUUUGUGCUCUCAUCCAUCGUCACAGGCCUGAUCUCAUCGACUACAACAAACUCUCCAAGGAUAAUCCUUGGGAGAACUUGAACACUGCCUUCGACGUCGCCGAGAAAUACCUCGACAUUCCUAGGAUGUUAGAUCCUGACGAUUUAAUCAACACUCCUAAGCCUGAUGAACGUGCUAUUAUGACAUACGUGUCCUGUUAUUACCAUGCUUUCCAGGGAGCACAGCAGGUAUAUUUAAACUGCAGUAACACCGCCAUGCCAGACGAAAGAGCUGUUAUGACAUACAUUUCGUCCUACUACCAUUGCUUCUCAGGCGCCCAAAAGGCGGAAACGGCCGCAAACAGGAUUUGCAAAGUUCUCAAAGUGAACCAGGAAAAUGAACGUCUUAUGGAAGAAUAUGAACGUCUUGCCAGUGACCUGUUAGAAUGGAUUCGUCGCACGAUGCCAUGGCUGAACUCCAGACAAACAGACAAUUCAUUAGCAGGGGUCCAGAAGAAACUUGAAGAGUACCGCACUUACAGAAGAAAACAUAAGCCCCCACGUGUUGAACAAAAAGCUAAACUCGAAACUAACUUCAACACGUUACAGACCAAACUUAGAUUAUCAAAUAGACCCGCGUAUAUGCCAACUGAAGGAAAAAUGGUGUCGGAUAUUGCGAAUGCCUGGAAAGGUCUGGAAAAUGCUGAAAAGGCCUUCGAAGAAUGGCUCUUGUCAGAGAUGAUGCGUUUGGAACGUUUGGAACAUCUUGCUGAGAAAUUCCGACGUAAGGCGGACGCUCACGAAGACUGGACGCGCGGCAAAGAAGAAAUGUUGCAAAGCCAAGAUUUUAGACAGUGUCGCCUUAAUGAACUCAAAGCCUUGAAGAAGAAACACGAAGCGUUCGAAUCGGACUUGGCCGCCCAUCAAGACAGGGUUGAACAGAUUGCCGCAAUCGCACAAGAACUAAACACUUUAGAUUAUCACGACAGCGUUAGUGUAAAUGCUCGAUGCCAACGUAUAUGUGACCAAUGGGACAGAUUGGGAGCUCUAACUCAACGUCGUCGUCAAGCAUUGGAUGAUGCUGAAAGGAUUUUGGAAAAAAUUGAUAUUUUACAUUUGGAAUUUGCCAAGAGAGCUGCACCCUUCAACAACUGGUUGGAUGGAACUCGGGAAGACCUCGUGGACAUUUUCAUCGUCCACACGGUUGAAGAAAUUCAGGGAUUGAUUGACGCUCAUGCACAUUUCAAGGCUACAUUAGGUGAAGCUGAUAAGGAAUAUCAGACAAUUGUUGGAUUAGUCAGAGAAGUGGAAGCUAUAGUCAAACAACACCAAAUACCUGGUGGUUUGGAAAAUCCUUACACUACUCUUACCGCACACGAUUUGACCAGGAAAUGGUCAGAUGUAAGGCAACUUGUGCCACAAAGAGAUAAUACACUACAAACAGAAUUAAGGAAACAACAGAAUAAUGAAAUGUUGCGAAGACAGUUUGCUGAAAAGUCGAAUGCUGUUGGUCCAUGGAUCGAACGUCAACUUGACGCUGUGACAGCUAUUGGAAUGGGUCUUCACGGUACCUUGGAAGACCAACUUCAUCGUCUUAAAGAAUAUGAACAGGGCGUAUAUGCAUACAAACCACACAUUGAAGAACUCGAAAAAAUACAUCAAGCUGUACAAGAGAGCAUGAUAUUUGAAAAUAGAUACACUCAAUAUACAAUGGAAACCCUUCGUGUCGGCUGGGAACAGCUCCUAACGUCCAUCAAUCGCAACAUAAACGAAGUUGAAAACCAAAUCUUGACUAGAGAUUCAAAGGGAAUCACUCAAGAGCAACUUAACGAGUUCCGAUCAUCAUUCAACCACUUCGACAAGAACAGAACCGGUCGACUAACUCCUGAAGAAUUCAAGUCGUGUCUCGUAUCUCUCGGCUAUUCAAUUGGCAAAGACAGGCAGGGUGACAUCGAUUUCCAGAGAAUUUUGGCCGUUGUGGACCCCAACAGCACUGGAUACGUACACUUCGACGCCUUCUUAGACUUUAUGACCAGAGAAAGCACGGACACGGACACAGCCGAACAAGUCAUCGACAGUUUCCGUAUCUUGGCCGGUGAUAAGCCAUAUAUACUGCCAGACGAAUUAAGAAGGGAGUUGCCUCCCGACCAGGCCGAAUAUUGCAUCCAACGUAUGCCGCCAUAUAAGGGCCCAGGAGCAGCACCAGGGGCCCUAGACUACAUGUCGUUUUCGACAGCUCUCUACGGAGAAUCUGAUCUUUAAUCACGGUUAAAAAAGCACACACAAAAUUUUAAAAAAUGCGAUAGGGGUGUGACAUAAUCAUUACUUUCACAUUUAAUUCAUAUCGUUGCCUUUCUUUUAACUAAAUCAUAUCGAAUCAUACUAUAUUGGCAGCCAAGAGAAAUAUCAUUUUCGUAUUUUUCGAAUUAAUUAUUUGAUCGAUUGAUAGAUUGAUUGAUGAGGGCUUUUAUUUUACAGAUUUAUUGGUUUAAUUUUUUGUGGAUGUUUCUGAAUAUGCUCAAAAUCAAAGAGAAAUUUCAAUUUGUUUGUAAGGGGUACCGGUGGGUCUAUUAUUAUAAGUUUAGAUCCGUCCGGGUUUCAAAAAAAAAAAA